GUCAUUGCCAGUCUGCCAAACCCACUCACUUGUAAGGCGGAUGAUCCGGCCAGAGCCUCUUACAGUCCGCCAACCUGCCGCCAACCGUUCUGGAUGGCCUCGCGGUCUGCAGCCCACGACUCACUCUCUCACCUUUAUCUAGCACGGUGGGUGUUGUGGUGCUAUGUCCGUAAGACAACCCAAAUGGGCGAUAUGGCGCCGCUCGUACCAUGACAAGUCGUAUGGGUAUCGCGAACCUCGACGGUUUGUUAUGCCUGAUUAUAGCCCCACGCAGCUACAGAACAGGACUGUGAACGCGCCUCUCCUUCGCUACGUCGACGCGCUCCGGACGCAUGGGCACCGCGCCGCGCGCAUCGACCCUCUCGAUCUUCUGCAAAGGGAAGAGGUCGCCGCCCUCAAUCCCUGGAGGUAUGGCCUCCUCGACGACGCGCAGAAGUACGACGUGAAUGGCAUCGUCUGGACGCGCCCCGUGGGCUCCGCCGCGGACCUGAGCGACGAGUGGACGCUCGGCGACAUCACGCAGCACCUGCGCGCGAUCUACGUUGGGCGCAUCGCGUACGAGUACAUGCACUCGCCAUCCAAGACCGAGCGGCUCUGGUUCUCGCACAUGCUCGAGUCGCAGGCGCCGACCCAGGCGGUGUUCGACACGAAGCAGAAGACACGCAUACAUGGGCUUCUUGCGCGCAGCGAGACCUUCGACCAGUUCUUGCAGCUGAAGUUCCCAAAUCUCAAGCGGUACGGAUUGGAGGGUGGGGAGUCGAUGUUGCCCGCGCUUGACGCGCUCUUCGCCUCCGCAGCAAGAGCCGGAGUUGAGAAUAUUGUCCUCGGAAUGCCGCACAGAGGCCGCUUGAAUCUGUUGACAGAUUUACUCCAGUUCUCCCCAGAGGCUCUGUUCCACAAGAUCAAGGGCGGCUCUGAUAUUCCGGAAGACCUCGGCGCCUCUGGGGAUGUCAUUAGCCAUCUGGUCGCAUCUCCAAACCUUCAGUAUGACGGCGCCAAGGCUCCGCUUCAAGUCUCGCUUCUGCCCAAUCCAUCGCAUCUGGAGGCGGUCAACCCUGUUGCACUUGGAAAGACUCGUGCGAAGCAGUUCUCACUCCUGAAGAAACUUGUUGCCUCCGGCACCGCGCCUAACGAAUGCUUCCCCGGAGACAAGGUGAUGUGUCUGCAAUUACAUGGCGACGCAAGCUUCACUGGGCAAGGCGUGGUUAUGGAAGGGUUGAGUCUGAGCAACUUGCCGCAUUACACCGUCGGAGGCACCGUUCAUAUCGUGGUCAACAGCAUCGGUUACACUACUCCUGCGUCCAGCGCGCACUCGGCAUUGUACUCGUCGGAUAUAGGGAAGAUGAUCAACGCGCCAGUGCUUCACGUCAACGGAGACUAUCCAGAAGAUGUCGCGCGUGCUGUAGACGUCGCAUUCAAGUACAGGAACCACUUCCGUAAGGACAUCAUCGUGGAUCUACUUGUGUAUCGCCGCUGGGGUCAUAACGAACUGGACGAGCCUUCUUUCACCCAACCUCUCAUGUACGAGAAGAUCCGAUCGCGAAGUUCCGUCCCUGCUCUGUACGAAAAGCAGCUCAUCGCGGAGAAAGUCAUGACGGAAGACGCUGCCACAGCUGUCCGCUCGUCGUACAAAUCACUUCUCGCCUCAGAGCUGGAAGCCGCAGACUCUCGUCCUCCCGUGAAGGUAGAUGCCGUGAUGUUCCAGGGCUCCUGGGCUGGGAUGAGUUGGCCAGCAAGCUCAGAUGCUGUCCGCGAACCGGAGACUGGAGUGGACCAUGAGACCCUGCUCGGCGUUGGACGCGCAAGUGUCACUGUGCCUGACGGAUUCGAGAUUCACCCCCGCUUACAACGGCAUGUCAAUAAUCGCCUGCGUGCUCUAGAGAAGGGUUCUGGGAUCGACUGGGCGACAGCUGAAGCCAUGGCUUUCGGGACACUCAUGCUGGACGGCUGUGACGUACGGAUCUCUGGACAAGAUGUUGGACGUGGGACUUUCAGUCAACGGCAUGCCAUGCUUGUCAACCAACGGACAGAAGAAGUGAUCGUUCCACUGAACGCUCAACUCCAAUGCGAAGGCAGGCUUGAACUGGCGAACAGUUCGCUUAGCGAACUGGCCGUGCUGGGGUUCGAAUAUGGUGUGAGCUGGGAGAGCCCUGACAUACUACCCAUUUGGGAAGCACAGUUCGGCGACUUUUUCAAUGGCGCCCAGGUCAUCAUCGACACCUUCAUUUCUUCGGCGGAGACGAAGUGGCUCAGGCAAAGCGGGAUCACGCUGCUUCUGCCUCAUGGCCUUGACGGCGCAGGCCCUGAACAUUCUUCAUCCCGCUUGGAACGGAUGUUACAGUUGACGAACGAUGGCUAUGAAUUCGACGAUAGCCCAAUCGCUUCGAAUGUCAACAUGCAUAUCGUCUUCCCUACGACACCCGCGCAGUACUUCCACUUGUUGAGACGGCAGAUCAAGCGGAACUACAGAAAGCCUCUCGUUGUUGCAUCGCCGAAAGGAUUGCUUCGACUACCUGCUGCCUCCUCAUCGCUGCUGGAAUUCGGGCACAACACUCGGUUUGAACCGGUGCUCGAUGACGCGACAGUCGACAAGUCGAAGGUCAAGCGCGUAUUGUGUCUGACCGGCAAGCUUUACUACGAGCUGGUGGCGGAACGUCAGAGGUUGCAGGCAGAUCAUGUAGCCCUCGUCCGGAUCGAAGAACUGUCCCCAUUCCCAUUUGGUCGCCUCGCUAGUGUUCUUGGUCGGUAUGAUGCGACUAGCGAAUUUGUUUGGAUACAGGAGGAGCCGAGGAACCAAGGCGCAUGGCCUCAUGUCUCGGAGAGGAUCAAUGCUGUCCUCGAACACCUGGGUCGCACGAAACACAUCUUGUAUGUCGGAAGGGCGUCGGACGCGGUUCCUGCGCCUGGGAUAAGCAAGAUAUACUCUGCACAACGACAAGCAAUUUACCAAACAGCAUUCAACUGAGGACGUUACUCAUACACUACUAGACGACGCCAUAUGUACAUUUCU